AUGUCUGGCAUACAGGAUGAUUAUGUGCGUAAUUGGGAUGAAAAUCAAGGCUCCAGUGACAAUGUGGACACCACCAAGGACCCCUGUCAAAAGGUCAAGUGCAGCAGGCACAAGGUGUGUGUCGCCCAGGGCUACCAGAGAGCUGUGUGCAUCAACCGCAAGAAGCUUGAGCACAGACUUAAGCAGCCUGCUCUCAGGUCCUCUGAUGGCAACUGUCAGCCAUGUCCAAUCUCCUCUACCGGGCCUGUGUGUGGAUCUGACGGACACAACUACGCCUCAAGGUGCAAGCUGGAGCAGCAGGCGUGUCUCACGGGGAAGGAGCUGAGCCUCAAGUGCUCGGGUCUCUGUCCGUGUUCCACCGCCGCUCCCAAACACGAGACUUGCACCGGACAGGAUCUGGCUGAUCUUGGCGAGCGCCUCCGGGACUGGUUCCAACUCCUUCAGAAUAAUGCCAAGCAGAACAAUAACAGCAAGCCCGCCGGGGCCAAAAGCACCGCAGCCAACACGGCAUCAGUGCUGGACAGGAGCCUGGUGGCCAGCUGUAAGGACUCCGUAGGUUGGAUGUUCUCCAAGCUGGACACCAACGGCGACUUGUACCUGGAUCACCCCGAGUUGGCCGCCAUCAAUCUGGACAAGUACGAGAUCUGCAUCCGUCCCUUUUUCAACUCGUGUGACUCCUACAAAGACGGCAAGGUGUCGACGGCCGAGUGGUGCCUGUGCUUCUGGAGAGAGAAGCCCCCCUGCCUGGCUGAGCUGGAAAGGAUCCAAGUCUUAGAUGGCGGCAAAAGGAAGUUUGGUCGCUUCAUCCCGAACUGCGAUGAAGACGGCUUCUACAGGAAGCUGCAGUGUGACAGGGGAGAGUGCUGGUGCGUUGACCAGUACGGUGGCGAAGUGGCCGGGUCGAGGAUUCGUGGCAAACCAGACUGCGACGAUGAAGUCGUGUAUUCGGGCGACUUCAGCAGCGGAGUGGGCUGGGAGGACGAGGAAGAGAAAGGCGGCGAGGAGACCGCCGAGGAAGAAGAGGGCGAGGCGGGAGAGGCGGAUGACGAGGGCUACAUCUGGUAAAAAGGUCGAGCGUUUGUCCUUGCAGCCUCUCCUUUUUUUCCCCCGACGGCAUCUCCAUGUUCCAAACACGAGGAAACUCCCGAGGUGGAUGUUGGAAGGGGGAACAUAUCACUAGCAGUAAUCGUGGGGUGUGCAGUUAAAAAAAAAAAAAAGCUUGUCCCUCCUAUUUGUGAAUCUUUCCCUUGUAAGUACGUUUUAUUUCGAGCAGAUUCUGAGCAGCUAUCCGGUAGUUUAAAAUGGCCGACCAGCUCUUGUUGCUUUCAUUAGACUAGGAACAUUUUGUCUUGUUUUGGGUUUUUUUUUUUUCUUAAGUGGAAACUAUACGGAGGACAUUGACUUUGACUUGACCGUCCUCAUCUCAUUGCGCUUCAGCUCCGAUGUGACAGUAGCGCUGUCUCAUUCUUAACGCCUCACUCCGCAGCUUGUAAAUAACGUCGAGUCACGUCGUGUACCAGAAGAGAGGUCGCCGCCGAAGGCGACAAGUGUACAUCGUAUCGUCGUGUGGGUCGGUUGUUGUGUUUAUUAAAAAAAAAAAAAAAGGAAAUGAUAAGCAUUCAAUAAACGUGAGUGUUGUGUGGCCCCAGCUGGCCACCGUA